AUGGCCCGACCGAGACUACACAAGCAGGGCUGGCUCAGAAGAGGAUUUCGAAAAAUCUGCACCAGCGACGAAGUCAAAAUACCCAUCCUCCAAUGUAUCCCCUGCGAGCUGACGGUCACCGAUAAACAUGUCCUUCGUCACGCGCGAACCGCCAACCACAAGGAGACGUUGUCCGAGUUUUUAUCGGAGCUACAGGAAAAGGGGAUGCCACAAAGUGUCUUGGAUGAUGAGGCGGAUGAGAUAGGAGAGCUGUUGAAGGCCGAGGUGAACAGGGCAACGCUGUCCGGGUCAAAGGCUCGGAAGACUCCCACGCGCACGCGGACGCCAGUGAAGGGCUACCAGAAGUGGAAUCCGCUUUCUCUCUGGCUUGCUGAAGGCGUGUCUUUGUCUGAAGGCCAAAACGAUGGACGGCAACUUGUAUGCGCGGCAUGCUCGACGCCCGAAGAGUCUUUCGAGAUCCCCGACGAUCGCCAUUCGCUCUGUAGACACAUCCUCACAAAGAAGCAUCGAGAUCGCCUGCUCCCUUACCUCGCGAAUCUUGUCCAAUCGCCAGAUUAUCUCGCCAGCAAUACCCAUCCCAGCUCAUCUCUCACCCCGGCGCCUUCCUCCUCGGCUGCUGUUUCUGCCUCGUCUCCAGCCUUGAACGGCUAUACACCCGCUGCCAAGCCUUCGAGAGCGAGAGCGAGAACUGUGAAAAGGACGCCUCGCACCUCAGAACCUCAAAGUAAACCGAGUAAUGCGACUAGUGCUCGGAGCUCACGAGCUUCGCACGGGAAGGCGCCUGCUGGAGAGUCGCCUCCAUCGACGCCCUCCCACCCGUCGUUCCUCCGUUCGCGUGUGAAAGCCUUUCCGCCCCGGCCGGAGAAACGCCCCUCCCAGUCACCACAGCCUGUGCCGCCCGCUCAGCCUUCGUUGCCUGCCCCAUCUCCCCAGCAGGGCCAGGAGCUCCCUCUCGUGCCUCAAAAAGAGCGCUCCCCAUCGCCUGUCAGAGAUCCGGCUGGCGCUACGUCUCAGAAGAGCGAAGUGCAAGUGAAGCUCGAGCGCGAGAGUCCGCCCCCCGUCAUAAUAGCGAGGGGUACAGUCAAGAGAGAUCUUGGGGAGUUGGAGCUGGAGGUGCGAUACGAAAGGUACCAAAGAAAGAAGAAAGUGCGAAGACGUUCGGUCUCGCUUCAUUCAGGGGAAGAUGAGUCGAUGGUGAAUGAUUUACUUUGA